UGAUAGUUUCCUCGGUUCGGUGAAGAUGUGGAUAAGCAUAAUUUUAUUUUUAAACAUUCAGAUAUGCCUUUCUGAAAAUAUUCUGCUAAAUUUGGCAUGGAAAAAUUUCACCCAAAUCCACCGACCCCACUAUGAGAGUCCAAAAAUCGAAGCGAUUCGCAAACAAAUCUUCAAAAAUAACUUAGCAAAAAUUGUUCAGCAUAAUAAGGAAUACGAACUAGGACUUCAUACAUAUCGAAAAGGGGUCAACCAAUUCUCCGACAUGACCGAAGAUGAAGCGCUGAAAUUCGCAUCCUGUUUUCAGACACCAUCAGUGGAGGAACUGGUGAAGAUGACCGAGAUGAUACCAGCAAACGAUUUCAAGUUUUCAAAUGCUGCAAAGGUGCCAGAUGCAAUUGAUUACAGGGAUCAAGGAGCGGUGACUAGAGUGAAAAAUCAAGGUAAAUGCGGUUCCUGCUGGGCAUUCGCAACUACAGGAGUCCUAGAAUCACAUCAUUUCCUUAAAAAAAAGAAACUCUUGGAACUCUCUGAACAGCAAUUGAUCGAUUGUUCAGAGCGAAACCGCGGCUGCAAUGGUGGCCACCCGUAUCUAGCAAUGAAAUAUGUUAAAAAGAACGGUAUUUCAACUGCGGAAUCCUACCCAUAUAUGAUGAUGCAGUCCUCUUGUCAAUACAAGCCCAGCAUGAAAGUACCGUCUCUAAAAGUUGUGACAUUCACAUAUACUUCUCCAUCCGACGGUUUUCCACCCGACGAACACUAUUUGAAGCAACUUGUCGGAUACUUUGGACCUAUGGUCGUUGCUAUUGAAGUAGGAAAGGACUUCAUUAAUUAUUCAGAAGGAAUUUUUUUUAGUGAUGAUUGCAAAAAAAGUUCCUCGGCUAUUAACCACGCCGUGCUUGUUGUUGGUUACGGCACGGAUAAAAAAACAGGCCAGGACUUCUGGAUAGUUAAAAACUCUUGGGGAGAGGAGUACGGGGAGAAGGGUUAUAUACGAAUGGCCAGGAAUCGCAAUAACAAUUGCAAUAUUGCUUCAAUAAUUGUUCGCCCAGUCUUACAAAAUUAAUUUU